GUUUUAGGCCUAGUAUGUCACAGGGAACUGUGAUGCUACAAAAUCGCCAACAAGAAAAAGAUUUCACCGUAGCCACUCCUGAGGAAUUCGUUAAAAGAUUUAACGGAACUAAAGUUAUUAAUAAGGUUUUAAUAGCAAACAACGGAAUAGCAGCUGUAAAAUGUAUGCGAUCCGUGCGAAGAUGGUCGUACGAGAUGUUCAAAAACGAAAGGGCCGUAAGAUUCGUGGUAAUGGUAACCCCAGAAGAUCUAAAAGCGAACGCCGAAUACAUAAAAAUGGCGGACCAUUACGUCCCGGUCCCAGGGGGCACCAACAACAACAAUUACGCGAACGUCGAACUCAUCAUCGACAUCGCAAUUCGCUGCCAAGUCCAAGCCGUUUGGGCCGGAUGGGGUCACGCCUCGGAGAACCCAAAACUCCCCGAGUUAUUACACAAGAACAACAUCGCUUUUAUCGGCCCCCCGGAGAAGGCGAUGUGGGCGUUAGGUGAUAAAAUUGCCUCCUCGAUAGUCGCCCAAACGGCCGAAAUUCCCACUUUACCCUGGUCUGGAUCGGAAUUGAAAGCUCAAUACACCGGGAAAAAAAUUAAAAUUUCAUCCGAGUUGUUUGCGAGGGGUUGCGUUCAUUCGCCAGAGCAGGGGUUGGCGGCUGCUCAAAAAAUUGGAUUUCCCGUUAUGAUUAAAGCCUCAGAAGGUGGUGGGGGGAAAGGAAUUCGAAAGGUGGAUAACCAAGACGAUUUUCCCGGCGCGUUUAGGCAAGUUCAAGCGGAAGUUCCAGGUUCGCCGAUUUUCGUAAUGAAACUAGCGAAAUGCGCGCGACAUCUCGAAGUGCAAUUAUUGGCCGAUCAAUACGGAAACGCAAUAUCCUUAUUCGGAAGGGAUUGUUCCAUCCAACGGCGGCACCAAAAAAUCAUCGAGGAAGCCCCCGCUGUGAUUGCGGAACCCGCAGUUUUCGAAGACAUGGAAAGAGCCGCUGUUAGAUUAGCCAAAAUGGUGGGAUACGUUUCCGCGGGAACCGUCGAGUAUUUAUACGACACAUCGGGGCAUUAUUAUUUCUUGGAAUUAAAUCCUCGACUUCAAGUUGAGCACCCCUGCACGGAAAUGGUGUCGGACGUAAAUUUACCAGCGGCCCAAUUGCAAAUUGCGAUGGGGCUCCCGUUGCAUUACAUCAAAGAUAUUCGGUUAUUGUACGGGGAAUCACCGUGGGGAAUGACAGAAAUCGAUUUUGAUACUCCAAAGCAUAAGCCGCAACCUUGGGGGCACGUAAUCGCGGCUCGGAUAACCUCGGAAAAUCCCGAUGAGGGGUUUAAGCCGAGUUCGGGGACUGUUCAAGAAUUAAAUUUUCGAUCGUCGAAAAACGUUUGGGGGUACUUCUCCGUAGCGGCUUCCGGGGGUUUACACGAAUUCGCCGAUUCUCAAUUUGGGCAUUGUUUCUCGUGGGGGGAAAAUCGCGAGCAAGCUCGCGAAAAUUUAGUAAUCGCGUUAAAAGAGUUAUCGAUUCGAGGCGAUUUUCGUACAACCGUCGAAUAUUUAAUAACAUUAUUAGAGACGAAAAGUUUCCAAGAAAACACCAUAGACACCGCUUGGUUGGACAUUUUGAUUUCCGAAAGGGUACAAUCGGAAAAACCGGAUGUGAUGUUGGGGGUGAUUUGCGGCUCCCUUCAUAUUGCGGAUAAAACAAUUUCCACGGCGUUCCACGAAUUCCAAACUUCCCUAGAAAGGGGGCAAGUUCAAGGAUCGAAUACUUUAAAUAACAUUGUUGAUGUUGAAUUAAUAAACGGGGGGCAUAAAUAUAAAGUUCAAGCUACAAAGAGUGGUCCAAAUUCUUACUUUUUAGUGAUGAACGGGUCGUUUAAAGAAAUCGAAUUGCAUCGGCUCAGCGAUGGGGGGAUUUUACUCUCGGUUGAUGGCGCCUCAUUCACAACCUACAUGAAAGAAGAAGUUGAUCGUUAUCGGAUUGUAAUUGGUAAUCAAACUUGUGUCUUUGAAAAAGAAAAUGACCCAACGUUGUUGAGAUCCCCAUCCGCGGGAAAAUUGAUUUCGUUUCUUGUUGAGGAUGGGGGGCAUGUUUUUCGGGGGCAACCCUACGCUGAGAUUGAAGUUAUGAAGAUGGUGAUGACUUUAACGGCGGGGGAAGCGGGGAAUGUUUCGUAUGUUAAGCGGCCGGGUGCUGUUUUGGACGCGGGGUCAAUUAUUGCGAUGUUGGAGUUGGAUGAUUCUGGGUUGGUUACGAAGGCGCAACCUUAUAAAGGACCGUUUCCCGAGUUGGAUGUGACGCAUCCUGUUGGAUCGCAAAAGUUGAAUCAUAUUCACAAUAAUUAUAAAGCGAUUUUGGAGAAUACUUUGGCAGGUUAUUGUUUACCCGAUCCAUACAACGCCCCGCGAUUACGCGAAGUGAUCGAAAAAUUCAUGGCAAGCCUCCGAGACCCCUCCCUCCCACUUCUCGAACUCCAAGAAGUAAUCGCCUCAAUUUCCGGCAGGAUUCCCCCGGCUGUUGAAAAGAAAAUUCGGCGCUUAAUGUCACUGUACGAACGCAACAUAACCUCCGUUCUCGCCCAAUUCCCCAGCCAACAAAUCGCCAGCGUCAUCGACAGCCACGCAGCAAGCAUGUCCCGAAGAACCGAACGAGACGGCUUCUUCCUCGCCACCGAAGGAAUCGUCCAAUUAGUCCAAAGAUACCGCAACGGAAUUCGGGGCCGCAUGAAAGCGGCGGUUCACGAUUUAUUUAAGCAGUAUUACAACGCGGAGAGCCAAUUUCAACACGGCCAUUACGAUAAGUGCGUUUCAACGUUGCGGGAGAAGCACAAAGACGACAUGGUUUAUGUUACAGCGACCAUUUUUUCCCACGGACAAGUUGCAAAGAAAAACAUGUUAAUCACCAUGUUGAUAGAUCAUUUAUGGGCGAACGAACCCGGAUUAACGGAUGAGUUAGCAGCGAGUUUGAACGAGUUAACUUCGCUAAAUCGAAGCGAGCAUUCGCGAGUUGCAUUAAGAGCGAGGCAAGUUUUAAUCGCGGCGCAUCAACCUGCUUAUGAGUUGAGACAUAACCAAAUGGAGAGCAUUUUUUUGUCGGCCGUUGAUAUGUACGGGCAUGAAUUUCACCCGGAGAAUUUACAAAAAUUAAUCGUUUCUGAGACUUCAAUUUUUGAUAUUUUACACGAUUUUUUUUACCACACUAAUCGCGCGGUGUGUAACGCUGCUUUAGAGGUUUAUGUAAGGCGUGCUUAUACGAGUUAUGAAAUAACUUGUUUGCAACAUUUAGAGUUAAGCGGGGAAGUCCCUUUAGUCCAUUUCCAAUUUUUAUUACCCCCGAGUCAUCCGAAUCGUUUGGUUCGAUUCGACACUUACAAAGAUAAAGACGACGAAAACAACGCCCCCUACGUCGAUAGUUACCAAAGAACCGGAUGUAUGGCCGCUUUUGAUAAUUUCCAACAAUUCGAGCAAUACGCUGAUGAGAUUUUCGAUUUAAUCGAGGAUUUCGCAAGCCCCGCUUCGAUUUCUGCGAAAGAUUUGAAUGCUUUGGUCGAUGGAUCAGAAUCGAGGACGAAUUCGACUUCGAUUAAUGUUAGUCUUAGUGUGGAAGGUUCGAGGACGAUCGUUGAAGAUAAAAAGGUGUUGGAGCCGAUUCAUAUCUUACACAUUGGGAUUAAAGAUAAAGGUGAUGCCGAUGACGCGGCUAUGAGUAAAAUUUUUGGCUCGUUUUGCGCGCGGCAUAAAGAUGAAUUAAUUUCGCGUUGUAUCAGAAGGAUCACAUUCGCCGCGUUGAAACGGAAACAAUUCCCGAAAUUCUUUACGUACCGAUCUAGGGAUUCGUUCAAAGAAGACACGAUUUAUAGGCAUUUAGAACCCGCUUGUGCGUUCCAAUUAGAACUCAACCGGAUGCGAAGUUACAAUCUUGAAGCGUUACCAACGAGUAAUCAAAAGAUGCAUCUUUAUCUUGGUAAAGCUAAGCCGGUUGCGGCUGGGUCUGAGGUGACGGAUUAUCGGUUCUUUAUCCGAUCGAUUAUUAGGCAUUCUGAUUUGAUUACGAAGGAGGCUUCGUUUGAGUACCUUCAAAACGAGGGGGAGCGGGUUCUUUUGGAAGCGAUGGAUGAGUUGGAGGUGGCGUUUUCGCACCCGCAUUCGAGGAGGACCGAUUGUAAUCAUAUCUUUUUGAAUUUUAUUCCGACGGUGAUUAUGGAUGCGGCGAAGAUUGAGGAGGCUGUGACUAGUAUGGUGAAACGGUAUGGGCCGAGGUUGUGGAAAUUGAGGGUUUUGCAAGCUGAGUUGAAGAUGACUAUCAGAUCUGUUCCGAAUUCUUCAACAACGGUUGUUAGGUUGUGCAUCGCGAAUGAUAGUGGAUAUUAUUUGGAUAUUAAUAUGUACACGGAAGUUGUUGAUCCGGAUACGGGAGUGAUUCGUUUCCAAGCUUAUGGCACACAACAAGGCCCAAUGCACGGUUUACCCAUCACAACCCCUUACCUCGCCAAAGAUUACCUCCAACAAAAACGAUUCCAAGCACAAUCAGCCGGAACCACCUACGUCUACGAUUACCCCGAUAUGUUCCGACAAAUGGUCGAUUUGAUGUGGAAACAACACAUGAAGGAAAGAUUAUCCGAAGAAAUAAAACCACCCGAAACUUUCAUGGAUUUCGUCGAAUUAGUCCUCGACGCCGAAACGGAAACUCGCCUAAUCGAGCAAAAACGCGUCCCCGGCGAAAAUAACGUCGGCAUGGUCGCGUGGAGAUUAACUCUAUACACUCCUGAGUAUCCAAACGGACGCGAUAUAAUCGUAAUCGCCAACGAUAUAACUUUUUUAAUCGGCUCGUUUGGUCCAAAAGAAGACAAAGUAUUCGGGUUAGCGAGCGAAAUCGCGCGCGAAUUAAAAAUCCCAAGAAUAUACGUCGCAGCAAAUAGCGGCGCGAGAAUCGGAUUAGCAGAAGAGGUUAAAGGACUUUACAAAGUCGCGUGGGAACACCCAACAGAACCCGAUCGAGGAUUCCGAUACCUAUAUUUAACCCCCGAGGAUUACGCGAAAGCCCAAAACUCAGUUCGCGCGGUUUUAAUCGAAGAAGACGGCGAAUCGCGUUAUAAAUUAACCGAUAUUAUCGGAAAAGACGAUGGAUUAGGCGUGGAGAAUUUGCGCUACGCCGGGAUGAUAGCCGGGGAAACUUCAAAAGCUUACGAUGAGGUUGUUACGAUUUCGAUGGUGACGUGUCGCGCGAUUGGGAUUGGAUCGUACUUGGUGCGAUUAGGACAAAGGAUCAUUCAAAUUGAGAAUUCGCAUAUUAUUUUAACGGGGUAUAGCGCGUUAAAUAAGUUGUUGGGGAGGGAAGUUUACGCCUCAAACAAUCAAUUAGGGGGGACCCAAAUCAUGUAUAAUAACGGGGUUUCCCACAAAACGGAACAAACCGAUUUAGACGGGAUUUAUACCAUUUUAAAGUGGUUAUCUUAUAUUCCUAAAGAUAAAUUUUCACCUUUACCGAUUUUGGCUCCGAUUGAUCCCGUUGAUCGCGAUGUUUUUUACACCCCUACGAAAGCUCCGUAUGAUCCUCGAUGGAUGUUAGCUGGGAGACAAUCUUUGAGUGAUCCAAACGUUUGGGAGGAUGGGUUAUUUGAUAAAGAUUCGUGGCAGGAAAUUAUGCAACCGUGGGCACAAACUGUUGUAACGGGGAGAGCGAGAUUGGGGGGAAUCCCCGUUGGGGUUAUCGCUGUUGAAACAAGAACCGUUGAGGUGCAUCUCCCAGCGGAUCCUGCGAAUUUAGACUCUGAGGCGAAAAAAAUUUCCCAAGCCGGUCAAGUUUGGUUCCCAGAUUCCGCCUACAAAACGGCCCAAGCAAUCCAAGAUUUCUCCCGCGAAGACCUCCCCUUAAUAAUAUUCGCGAAUUGGCGCGGAUUUAGCGGGGGAAUGAAAGACAUGUACGAACAAAUCAUGAAAUUCGGCGCUUACAUAGUCGAUGGGUUACGCAAAUACACAAAACCCAUCAUAAUUUACAUCCCACCCCACGGGGAGCUCCGCGGUGGAGCUUGGGCGGUCGUUGACCCCACGAUAAACCCCCGUUACAUGGAGAUGUACGCCGACGCUGACGCACGAGGUGGGGUUUUAGAACCAGAAGGAAUCGUCGAAAUCAAAUACCGCAAAAAAGAUUUAAUCAAAGCGAUCCACCGAAUCGACCCGUUAAUCAAAGAUUGGCUAGAAACCAUCAAAAUCCAAUCGAAUCAUAACCACAUUACAUCUUCCUUCGAAAGAAAAAAUAGCUUAUCAGCGGCGCAAACUCAAGAAAUCGCUAAAACCCCCGAAGUGAUUGAGUUAGAAACAAAAAUCGCGAAUCGCGAGGCGUUAUUAAUGCCGAUGUACCACCAAGUCGCGGUUCAUUUCGCCGAUUUACACGAUACCCCAGAAAGAAUGCACGAAAAAGGAACAAUUUUAGAUAUUUUAACUUGGAAGAAUUCGCGGAGGGUUUUAUAUUGGAGAUUAAAAAGGUUAAUAUUGCAAGAUCAAGUUAUUUCGAGUUUGUUGGAAGCGCAACCUAAUUUGGGAGUGGGACAAACUGAAGCGAUGUUGAGACGGUGGUUUGUUGAGACGAAAGGAACCGCGGAGGGGUAUUUAUGGGAUAACAACCAAACCGUCGUUGAAUGGCUUGAGGAGCAAAUGGAUAAAUCAAUGGAGGAAUCUGUGAUUGGUUAUAAUCUUCAUUGUGUUAAAAAAGAUGCGAUUAUAAACAGGAUGAGGAAUUCUUUGGAG